AUGGAGGUGCUGGAGGAGAAGGAGGAAGAGGAGCGAAGAGAAGAAGAAGAGCUGAAGGCUUUGGGGGUCGGUGAUAGCCACCAAGAUGUGGAGACGAAGGCAUCUGUGGAGCCGGUCUGCGUCCCAAGCAAUCUGCCUGAUGUUGACUGGAGCUCCAGUGACACAUCCCAGUUACCGUCCUCGUACAAGACAAAUUCCCUGAAGAAGCUGCUGCGCAUCGCUGACCGUUUUCUCCAGCACUGUAAGUUUGUGAGCACAACGGUGAGGCCAACCCUGCUGCCUUACACGGAGCUGUACCGCUGGGAUGGCUGUGCCAGCUUUGUCUCCGAUUACCUCACCAUGGAGCCCCUCAAGUCCCCUAUCACACCGCCCAGUUCGCUCUAUUCCCCAACCACCAUACUGAAAUACCAGCAGGGGAACUGCUUUGACUUCAGUGUGCUGCUGUGCUCCAUGCUGAUCGGGGCCGGGUACGACGCUUACUGUGUGCACGGGUAUGCCACCCGCGAGGUAUGCACCCUGGACGAGACUCUGGAGCUGUGCCCGCUGCUCGAGAAGCCACCGGAGGUACCAAAAGAGGAGAGGAAGAAGUCGUCCGCCAAGAAGACAGCAGAAGGUGAAGCUGCUCGUAAGAACAAGGAAAGAGGAGAGGAGAAAGUCACGGUAAUGGAAAAGCCCGAGCGUGACCCUUUGUAUGGCUUACGGGUGCAUGCGUGGGUUUUGGUCCUGUCUGGGAAGAGAGAGGUUCCUGAGACCUUCUUCAUUAACCCCUUCACGGGAAACAGCCACAGCACCACGGAUGAGCACUUCCUUGGGAUCGAGAGUGUCUGGAAUCACAGGAACUACUGGGUGAACAUGCAGGACUGCAGGAACGGCUGCAAGGAUCUCACCUUUGACUUGGGUGACACUGUCCGCUGGGAGAUUAUGCUUUUGGAGAGCAACCAGCCUGUUCAGCCGCUCCCAGAUGCUGAGGAGGAAAAGGAGUUGUCUGACAAGGAGACGAAUGAUACGAGACAGCAGGAAAAGGAGGAGGAAGACAUGAGUUUUGACAUGCCGCCAUCGUGGGUAGCCCCAUUCCAGGUAUCUCCCAGAGAGUUUGAGACCCGCUAUUCCCAGGGGAAGAAGGUUAUCCUGUACAAGAAAGCAAAACUGGAGAAGUGGGCGCCGUACCUGAAUGAAAACGGGCUGGUGAAGCGUCUCACCGUCUACGCAGACUUAGACUGUACUGAAGCAGUGGAGGUGAGGGAGUGGUUCAAAAACCGAGAAGACAUGUUGGAUAUGAGAGAAGUGAAUAAACAAACACAGCUGACCACUGACUACUUCAGGCCAGGACACCUCCUCAGUCUCAAAGCUCACACCUAUAGGUCGCUGGAACCAGAGACUAAACGUACAAUGGAGUUUUACAAUGAGGCACGAGUCGAUGGCCUCCAGAAACGCGUUGAAAAUGCUACCGAGAUGACAGAGUACUUCGUGGGGCAGGAUGACUUCCUGCACCUCCGGCACGUGGAGUUUGGCAAAAGAGGAAAGAAAGUACACUUGGCUGGCACCAGAACUGACGUUAACUCCCGGCCUAUAGUGCAAAUCAAGGAGUGUUUCCACAGAAACUUAGAAAAGCCUGCUGAUGAAGAUGUAGCAGAACGUAUCUUUCUGAUCACAGAGGAGAUGAUCCAUCUGACAUAUCACCUCAAGGAUAAAUACAUCACUGCCUCGAAGGAUUUGUUCAAAGUGGCAGAGAUGAAUAGGAAAGGAAAUAAGAUGAUCAUGACCCCAGAAAUGUGCAUCACGUACCAGGCAGGGUCCUCUGGGAAAGGCAAGAAGCUGCUCCAUCUGUACAAACUGUUGCAGGAGCUGAUGGAGGAAGAGAAGCGGGUGAAGCAACAAGUCAGGCAGUCUGAAGCUGAGGUGUUAAACAUUUUGAAGAUCCGUGAGAAUGAAGAAACCGCUGUUAAAUUGUCAGUUUCAAUUUAUAAUACGGAGAGGAAUGAAAAAAGACAACAGUAUGAAGCCAUGAAGAACACAGUGGAGGAUGACCUCCUGGGACAAGAGGAACAGGAUCUGGAUUACCUGGCACCUUUCCUUAUUCAAAUUGGCCCCAGAGAGAAGAUGCCCAAGGGGCAGGCCCUGCGCGUCAGAGAUGACUGCCUGACUGAUUUGAAGCAUUGUCUCGUUGAUAAAGUUAACAUCAUCCAGGCUCGCUUUGAAAAGGCCGUGGAAGAGCUGCAGAAGAAGAACCAGUGGUUUCAGGAGAACCGGAAUCAGCUCAGUGCAGAGGAGGAGGCUGACUUCCUCACCCGUCACUCUGAAGCCACGUUCCAUAUCCACAUUCUGUCACUGAGGCUCAACAGGGAAAAGCGGACGGCGCCACAGAAAUAUCUUGCUGUUGAAGAGAGGCUGCGCAGGGAUCCUCGCCUAGCUGAGCACCUCAGUCCUCCCCGAUUCCCUUGUUCCUUCACACCAGAUGCUGGAAAUCAGUGCUGA